UAUACCUCGCUUCACGCUGUUGAUUAUUCUGUGUUUUUUUCUUAUAUGCUUUAGGAAAUAUUGAUGGAAUAUAGUCUGGACUUUGAGGAUGCUUUGAUGGUUUAUUAUUGACAAAAUGAUCGCCACAAACCAGACUACUAUUGAUUGGUUGCCAUAAUUUCCCAUUGUCACUAAUAAAAAAAAAAAAUACAUGUGUGAAAUAUAACUUCUUAGCAGUUAUUGAUAUGGUAUUAUAGCGCACAUGGACAUUAAACUUACUCAAGACGAUUUAUUGCUCGAAUCCAUUGAUUUUUCAAUUCUCUUUCGUACGGUCUAUUAGGAAAUCUAAAAAACUUCACAUUCGAAGUAUUCUUGUAUGUGUUAGAACAAUUAACAACACAACAUAUACGAUUACUCAUAUUUAUUACGGUUUUGAAGAAUUUAGCAUAAAAACAAGUCGAAUUAGGUAAAUACUAAAAAUACUAAAUUCGUAGUUCGUACUACACAUUACACUAUUAAUAUACUAGUCAUAACAUUAGUACCGCAUAUGACAACCAGAGCGCAUUGUUAUCGGGCGGCUGAACACUGUCUAUAGAUGUAAAAUAUUACGAGAUAGAGUAAAUAAUAUUAUUAUUGUUUACGAGAUUACGACAUACCUUUUACCAGUUUUAACCUAAUAAUAUAAUAUCCCGCUAAAUUUGACUGAGAUGACUUAAUAACUAUUGUCAUUAAGCAUCGUGUUUUGUGCACUCGUGUCUUCCAGUGUUAUGUUUAAUUUAAUUAAUUUAAAAUGAAGCAUCAACAUUUCUAUUAUGUAAAAAACGGUUCCAAUAGUCGAGGAGUCUGGUAAGUUUUCCAUGUUAAUUUUAUUACUUGAAAAAACUUGCAACGAACUGUUUGUUUAUUUCAUUAUGCCUUACAAUAUAAUAUGUUUUAGUUACUACAAAUGUAAAUUUGCAUCGAAGUUUGGAUGUCCUGGUUCUAUGAAAGUUUUUGUCAAUGAUGGAGUAAAAAAAUAUGAGGUACUUAAACAUCAUAAUCAUUUGGUUAUUGACGAAGAUUCGAAUAUGAUUGAUUUUAAAAACAUUUUGAAACAAAGAAGUGAAAAUGAAAUUGGCUCACUAAAUGAAAUGUAUGAAGAAGAAGCAAGAUUAAAUCAGAAUGCUGCGGCUCAUUAUUCAUGGAAAACUGCUGAAAGUUUAAUGAGAAGUUGUCGAAAACGAUCAUUACCACCAUUACCCAACACGCUUCGUGAACUCGCAGAUCAAUUUGAGUCAAAUCUUUUAAACAGAUAUCAGACUGGUGGUGAACUAAUUUUUAAAG